AACAAGUUUAGAUAUAAAAAUAUAGCAUCGCCCGCGCUCUGGAGAGUCUGGAUCCUCCUGAACCUCCAAGCAGCAAGCGAUGAAAGGAGGGACGCAAGCAAUUAGCCUGAUGGUGCACCUUGCUGUGCCAUGGCUCUGCCUUGCUUCUUGGGCAGCUCUGCUACCAGCGCUAGCAUCUGGAAAUGUGGGUGCAGCAGCUCCGAUACUGAGAGCAGAUUACAUAAAAUUGAACUUCAGCACCGCUUCGGCGACCCCCGACAAGUACAAGAGCUUCAUCGCUUCUGUUCGUGCUGGCUUGGUGAGCAAAGCGGGGGGCAACAGCAGCGGGAUCCCCGUGCUGGUCGACGAAGACGACCCGCUCGCGCUCGAAUCGUUUCUAAACAUCACUCUGGUGAACAAGGCAGGGCGCUCCGUAAGCUUGAAGAUGGAUGUCUCCAGAGCCUACUUCGUGGCUUACGUAGCAGGGCAGCGCUCGUGCCUCCUCAAGAGAUCAGGCCGCACGUUCUCGUCGGCGAUCUGUUACUACGGUGGCCCGUGGGGAACAAGUUCGGCUCCUGUCACGCGACCUGCUGCUGCUGCCGGCGACGGCGAGGAUCCUGGGGUCGCGGCAUGGCGAGCGAGAGAUCUCGACGAGGCCAUCUCGUCGCUGUUCCUGUUCCCCACUGGCAACGCUACCGAAGAGGAGCUGAGACGGGGCGUCGCCGCCUGCGACAUGAUGGUGGCGAGCGCGGCGACGUUCCCGUACGUCGAGCGGCGGAUGAGCGCCGGCAUGUGGGACAGCAACGGCGUGGCCAACGACCCGAGCCUGCGGGGGCUCCAGGCGCGCUGGCCGUGGCUCUCCGCCGCCGUCCAGCAGUCCUACCAGGGCGCCUUCGCCGCCCCGGUCCCUGUCCAGCGGAGCAACGGCAAGUGGAUGCGGGUGGACAACGUGCGUAGCGCGGUCCCCCUCGUGUCCUUCCUGGAGCACGGAAGCUGCAACAGGACGCGGGGGGCGCCGGCCUUGCUCAUAAGGUCCGUCGUGCAAGAGCCGGACGAGGACAUGCAGCCGGGCGGCGGCGCUCGAGCCACGACGGCGGCGUGCGGCCUGCCGGCCGAGCCGACGGUGCGCCUCGUCGGCCCGGAAGGGAGGUGCGUGGACGUGCCUUACGGCUACUACUACAACGGCAACCAGGUGCAGCUGUGGAGCUGCAAGUCCACCAGCGCCGUGAACCAGCUCUGGACGCUCAAGAGGGACGGCACCAUCCGGUCCAACGGCAAAUGCCUGACCAGCAGCGGCGACGCGGCCGGCGCUCGCGCGGUGGUCGACGACUGCCCGCGCUUCCCCACGGGCCGCGUCGUCUGGGAGGUGCGCGUGGACGGUACCGUCGCGCUCAAGUGGUCCCGCGGCCUGGUGCUGGCCGUGACCUCGUCGACUCUCUUCGCGGGGCUCACGGUGCGGCAGGACGACCGCGGCACCGGCCAGUCGUGGACGCCGACCAACGUCACCGCGCCCCUGGACGCCGCCAUCGUGGGGUUCCGCGACCUCUGCCUGCAGGCGGACUACGCGGGGUCCGUAUCCGUCGCUGCCUGCCGCGACGGCGUGCAGUGGUCGCUCUACCCCGACGGCUCCGUACGCCCGCCCGCGUGGCUCCUCCUUCAAUGGCAGUGCCUGGCUGCUGAUGCCAGCGGGGGUGUGACGGUGAAACUCUGCGACGGGGCUGGAUCGUCUUGCGAGCGCUGGGUGUUCCGCAACGACGGCACCAUCUUCAACACCGGCACCGGGAUGGUCUUGGACGCCAGGCCAUCUGCGGGGGCUAAUGCUACUGCUAGCCAAGUCAUCGUGUCGCCCGCCACUGGGAGUCCCACCCAGCAGUGGACGCUCAUGCUGUGAUCUCAUCUACGGCUCAUGAGUCAUGACUGUGGGGGCAGGGCAGUACUGCACUGCAACAGCUAGCUGGUGUGUUUUGUGUAUAUAUCUGGCGAGCUAGGUUGUUAAAGCAAGCAUUAGCUAUUUUACCAGUACAAUAAUGCAUGCUUGCUACUACUACUAGUAAUGCAGUCUAGCUCUGUGUACCAUUGCCUGCACGGCUGCACGGCCCCUGUUGGAGUACUCUAUAAUAAAUGUACCCCUAGUAAAAUCUGUUUUCAGUUU